AAGCCCUCCGUCUCUUCUUCAACACUGGCCCUCCGCUUCUCUCUGCGUGUCAUCCCAUCUCAGUAAUGGCAAAUGAUAAGUCGAAGCAUGAAGACAAUCCCUCAGGAUCUCCUUCACUAUUACAAUGGUUCAAAGAAAUUGAAAAGAAUGAAGCUGCCAAGUUCAGGGCGCCUGUUGGAGCUGAUGAUAGGACCGGGCCAGAUCGGCCAGUGCCAUGUUUUCCUCUCCCUGAGACAGAAGUAACGUCUAACCCUGAUACUAAGCAAAUGUCAGUGGUUGGUCGUAAUAUGAUGAAUGAUUUCACUCCAUUCGGUAACUCACAGAAUCCUAUGACUGCCGAUAGUUCUGUAUAUGGGAAGGGUAUUUUACCAAUAUCAGAUUCAGAUUUUCUCUGUUGUGAAGGGAAUACUGACUUUGGUUAUUCAGUGACUCCUCAUAGUGUGGCCAAUGUCUGCGAUCUUCAAAAGCCUUAUGGUGAUAGGGAUUUGGUAUCUGCUAUAGAUUCAGCUGCAGCCUUAAAUAGUAUCCAGCGGGAUGGAGAUUUAAAUAGUAAUACAAGCAGGCCUCAGUUAAUUGAUAACGUCACUAUUGAUGGAGGUAGCACCCUUAUGUCAUGGCCCACAUUAGAUGGUGUAGAUAUUGAUGGGAGUUGCCUAAGCCUUGAAGUUGGGUGCAAGUCAAAUGAUCUAUCAGAUAUAAAUGUUGGUUAUGUUUCUGAUAUGGUUGUCCUUCCUCAGUCGAACAAAUUCCGCAGUCAAAAUGCCAAUAGAAGUUUGCACCUUUUCUCUGAUGUAGCUACCAGUUUUUCUGGUACUCAGAACAAUAUGCAUCAAAUUGAGAAGCAGCAACAACUUCUUGUGUCGUGUAACAGGAAUGUCUCUCGUGGAGUUGAAGGGAAUUGCAAUAAAAGUUCUUUAUAUAUUGAUCCUUUUAACGGUAUCCAGGGCUACCCAAUUGUACCUAUUUUACCUGCUGAUAAUACCCUAGCUAGGCUGCCUGAUUCUGGAUCGAGCAAGGUGAAUGCGUUGUUGUUGUCACCUUGUUUUAAUAUGCAUACUUCUCUACCACUGUCUGACCAGUCACCGAAGCCUUAUAUUGAAUCAGGCACAAGAAACACUUCCCUGCACAAUUUAUUUGGGAAGCCCGUCACAGUUAAUGAGGGUGUUGCUGCACAAGGUCCUGGACGAGGUCCUUUUCCAGAAGAAUUCAGGUUCAGCCAGCUACCUAGUAAUCCUUAUCAGCCUGAAGUUGUUGGCGCUGUUCUAUCUUCUUCAAACCUUCCAGGAUCUGUGAUAACAGGUCAAGAAAUUCCAAAUACCAAAAUUAAUAGGGCUGUUCAAUCCUCUGGAACUUUUGUUGGAACAUCUGUUAAGAGGGCUGCAGCAGAAACAUUCACUGCUACUUCCCAUGCUGAAGCCAGUAAGGCGAGAAGAACUCAAUUUCCCACUGGUCUAUCCGUAGAAGCUCCAUCCCUGGAAGUUGCUUCACUCAAAAUUUCAUCCCAUGAAGCUUCUUUUGCAAGUCGGAAUCGUACUUCUCUAUCUCUCCUACACGAGGCUAAAAGCACCACAAGGAACCUUCCCCAAUCCCAGACCAGGUCUGCUCUUCCACCCGAAGUUAAAGGUUUCUCAUCCCUGAUCCGUUCUGCUCCCUCUCUCCCACUACAUGCCGAUAGUGCUCCAUCAUUUACACCUUUUCCCCAGGGUGCUUCAUCUCUCCCACCCCGAGCCAGAAGUACUCGAUCACUCUCAUCUCUAUCCCAAACCUCUCCCUCUCUCCCACUCCAUGCUAAAAGUACUCCAUUAGUCCAAUCCCUGUCCCAGACUACUUCUCUCACACCCCAGGUCAAAGACAUUUCAUCACUUCCAUCCCUAUCCUGGAGAGCUACUUCCAUCCAAACCCAAGCCACAAGUAUACCCUCAUUACCACCCACAAAUUCUUAUAUGCCAACAAAACCCAGAAGUAAUGAGUCACUUCAACGCCAAUCCCAGAUGGCAGACAUUCACCUUCCCCAAUCCAAAACUAGUGCAUCUCUCCCACUUCCAUCCAUGACUGUUCCAUCCCGCGUACCUAUUGGCAAUACUACGUCACUCUCAACCUUACCUCAGAAUGGUUACUCUUGCCCACCUCAUCUCCAAAUUGCUUCUUCACACCCGUCACUAAACACAAUUGGUCGACCACUGCCAUCAAAAUCCUUGAGAGGUUCAUCUCUUCCAAAAAAACCUCGGACUGCUUUGCCUCCUAGAUCUCAGAUUGCUCUAUCACUCUCAUCAAAAGUUAGCGCUCCAUCACCACUCCCAUCACAAUCUCAGAAGGCUUCCCCAGUUCCACGGAAAUGUAUUGCUCCACCUUUGUCACCUGUACCCCACACUACAGCACCAGUGGGACAAAAAUUUAAUGUUUCACCCCUGUUGCCUCAACGCCAGACCGAUCCAGUAUCUCAUAUAAAAUGGAAUGCUACUGAUGAAACUCAACUGAUUGGGUACAAAUGCAUGAUAUGCAAGAGGGAUCUUGCCUUCACUCCAGAAGGACCUGUUUAUGUGCCACCUAUAGCACCGAUGGUUGCUGUUCUACCGUGUGGGCACACCUUCCAUGACCAGUGCUUGCACCUUAUCACCCCUGAAGAUGAAGCUAAAAGUCCUCCCUGCAUUCCUUGCGCCAUUGGGGAGAGUUGAUUCUAGCCAUGGUUAUUCAUUUUCAACACCCUAACCGUAUAAAAUUUUGUUCAAUGACUCCGAUCUAGGGAGGGGAUAUGAGUGAAAAUUUUAGAUAUUUCACCCUAGCUUAGUUAGGUUCACCUGCAUAGAGUGCUGGCAAAGGUGAUUUGGUUUAUAAGGGUCAUAACAAGUGUACAUGGUAAAACGGCCUCUUUUGCUAACCUGCCGGAUGCAGUUCUUUAGUGAUUCUUUCUUUUUCCU